GCGUGGUGCUGAUGCUGCUGCCAUUUCAUCACCUUUGCGAGUGCAGCAUCCAUCCCUCUACCCCAGCGCCUGGGCCUACCUUGCUUCAGGCUACCAGGCCAGUGAUGCGCUCACGGUCGAGCCAAAGGGCUGAUCGGAGCUAAGGCCUUGGUGGGGCGCCCCCUCUCGCCUCCCCAGGCCUGGGCUGAAGAGUCCUGCCAGGCCACGGCCAUGGAGGCCAUCUGGCUGUACCAGUUCCGGCUCAUUGUCAUCGGCGAUUCCACGGUGGGCAAAUCCUGCCUGAUCCGCCGCUUCACGGAGGGCCGCUUUGCUCAGGUUUCAGACCCCACCGUGGGGGUAGAUUUUUUCUCCCGCUUGGUGGAGAUCGAGCCAGGAAAACGCAUCAAGCUCCAGAUCUGGGAUACAGCGGGUCAAGAGAGGUUCAGAUCCAUCACUCGCGCCUACUACAGGAAUUCAGUAGGUGGUCUUCUCUUAUUUGACAUUACCAACCGCAGGUCCUUCCAGAAUGUCCAUGAGUGGUUAGAAGAGACCAAAGUACACGUUCAGCCCUACCAAAUUGUAUUUGUUCUGGUGGGUCACAAGUGUGACCUGGAUACACAGAGGCAAGUGACUCGCCACGAGGCCGAGAAACUGGCUGCUGCAUACGGCAUGAAGUACAUUGAGACGUCAGCCCGAGAUGCCAUUAAUGUGGAGAAAGCCUUCACAGACCUGACAAGAGACAUAUAUGAGCUGGUUAAAAGGGGAGAGAUUUCAAUCCAAGAGGGUUGGGAAGGGGUGAAGAGUGGAUUUGUACCAAAUGUGGUUCACUCUUCAGAAGAGGUUAUCAAAUCAGAGAGGAGAUGUUUGUGCUAGUUAACCCUUCCAUUUUCAAAACAUACCCUCCCACUUGAACUUAAAAGUUAUCAAGAUAAAUAGAAUCCUUGUGUGACUGAAGAGAUCCCAACCUUUGAAUAACAAAUGAGCCUUCUUCCUAGGGGUGGAGCUCUGACAGGCUCAUAUGUGGGUAGAUAAGGAGCCUGGGUGCUUUGAUUGAGGGACUAAAUUGCUGACAUUGGCUAGAUCAGACAUUGUUUUGUGGCCCAGGCUCAGCAAUGAUUGUUCUGUGUGUCCUUUGUGAAGGACCACAUAUUAAGGGUCUAGGGUUUUGGAAGUUAGGUUCCAUGAAAACAUAGCUACAGAGAGAAAAACUGUUCCUUGGUAUUUCAACUUUUCAGAGGUGGUGACUAUAAAGAAACAGAAGGAAAACAAGCAACAAAUUGAGGAUAAUUAGGAUAACUGAAAAAAGAGUAUGAUACCAAGUUAUUCAAUGAUAAUACCAUGUGUGCUGGGUUUGACACAAACACACUAGUUCACUUCUAACAGUUCAACUGUAAAAUGAAAGGCCUAUUUGAAUCAGCUUUGAUAAGGCCCUUUCAAGGUUGAGCAUUCUAGUAAAAUUGAUGUGAUUCAUAUAUGAAAAGGGAAGUCAUUCACACCUUGUUAUUAAUCACAUUUGAGAAAGUGUACACUCUCAUGAUAGAGUUACCAAUUGUGUGAAAGAAACUGUCCCAUGUAAAAUGGCCAUGUAAGGAGAAGAAGGAAACAUUGCAACUCAAAGGCCACAUUCUUUGACCUCUAACCAUAUCUGAGCUUUCACUGCAUCAGAGAGCCACAAUCUGGAGUAAGCAUACUGCCUGCUUCUUUAGGUGCCUGACAGUGACAACACAGAGAUUGUCUAAAAAUAAAAAUAAAACCCUAAGUCAAGCCUUUGAUCGUUGGUUCUGUGCUGAGUAUUUGCUCAACAUGUGGCCCUGGAACCCUUAAAAUUCUGCAUAUUAAUUCUGUAAUAGGCCUGUGAAAAUUUUUACCCCAUUUUACAGAAUAAGAAAGCAAGAAAAAGUCUACCUGAUUCCUAGCUUUUUUCCCACUGGAUCAUAAUGCUGUCUCAUGAAUAAAUAAUUAAUUUGUUAACUUUGGAAAUCAGGUGAUUAUAAAUUAAUGUUCUCUACGUGAUAGGAUAUGUUUUCCUUGUUGUUUUACAGCUCAACUAUAAUCCUGCAGGAAUCUAGGAAUGAAACAAAGGUAAAGCCUAUUCUGGUAUUAUUGAAAGAGGACAUUAAAUAAGGGAUUAACUGCACAACUAAAAACACAUUAAAACUGUGUGGGUUUCUAAGUGUUCUUCUCACAAACACUAUGAACAUUUUAUUGAAAGGAACCAAAUACAACAAUGGGGAGUGGGAUGGUGAUAAAAUACUCACCCCACAAUGACCUUGGCCACCUGCCUGCUAUGUACCUACACUUGGCUCCUGUCUACCCGAGAGAGUCAGCUCUUAAUUCUCAGGUGAACAGACAGAUAACCACAUCAGUAAAUUAGAAUGACUGACAUGAAAAUUUCAUUAUCUUCUUGAAAAGUGAUGCUUUAAAUUAAUUUUUGGAUUGUAGCCAGUUCAGCUAGGCAAAAGCCAUACUUUUCACAGUAAGAAAACUAUUCUGAUUAGAGUCAAGUUUCUCAUAUGCAUUGUGGUAGAAAGAUUGGCAAAUUGUUUUUGCAAUAUCCUGUUCAAGUUCACUAUGAAUAUGCAUGAGUUGGAAAAUCUGGGAAUUUGUUUCAGCUAAAAUAAAACCAAAUAAUAAAGAUUAUGGAAGAUCAUUCUGCCACCUUUGCUCCAACUUGGAUAAGAAAAUCAUCUUGGACCAGUUCACAUCAUCAGCUACAGGAGAAGUGAUCAUUUAUUCUGUAUUCAUUUCACAUAGUUUAAAUUGCCAGAUUCUUGCUUGUAGAAGGCAAACAACCUUUUUUUGUGGAUUAACUCAAAAUUCCAACAACUAUACUCAUGUCUAGAUGGUUCCUAAGCCAAGAUUAUCCCAUGGAUAAAUGAGAGUUGACUAGAUUCUUGUCAACGGGGGGGGGGGGCAGAAAUAAAACAUGUCUACAGUUUUCUUGACUAAAAUAGAUUACUUUCCCAUUUCUGGCCUUUUAAUGUGGGUUUCAAAGUACCCAACAUAGAUGCAGCAGAGGUGGCUGAACUUAACUGCUUAAAUAAGUUCUAGAAAAAUCUUUUAAAAAUCAUUUUAGUAGAAUUCAGUGCUGCUGUCACUGCAAUAAGUGGGUUUUAGACAAUAAGUGUGAAAAAUCAGAUGUUCAUAGAAUACUGAGGAUAAAGCUUUAGAAGCUAUUUUACUACAUACAGAAAAGAUUAACUUGUAACAAUGAUCACAACUGCAUGUUGGAUUAGAUUGUCUUAUAUUCCAGGACAAAAUGUACUGUAUACUUUGCCUCACUUUGUUGUGCACUGUAAUGAAAUGUGAAAAAUUCUUUAUUUAGCUGUAUGUGAAUGAAAAUGCUUGUAUUUAGUAAAAUGGUUGAUUAUGUGACUGUGAGAUUCCACAUGUGUGUUGUAGCUAUUUCUAGAAUGUGUCCUUUCAAUGUAGCAAAGAUACCAGUAAAAUACCAAUCAGAUACUGUAGUGUGUACUAAUAUGAUAUGACAUACUUUGCAUUAACAGAGUCAUCAGUAUCUGAAAGCCAAAGAGAGGACACAAUUUCUUAAAGGUAUAUGGUUCUCAUGUUGAAAACCACAGAAAUCUCACUACUUCAUUUUCAGCCCAAGCCACUAUGUAAAAAGUUGAAUCUGUGAAGCCUAAAACUUCAGCAUUAUAAUUUUUAUUCAAGAGUUAUAAUUUUUCACCAGGCAAGUAUGUAAUUACAACUAUUGUCUUCACUGAAAAGUCUUUUCCAUGCUAAAUUGCCGUUGUUUUUUCAAAAUGACUGUGGCACACUAUAUCAUAGGAACAUUGCAAGUGUGGGGACCAGAUUGGAACACAGUCAUCUAGCACAUUUUCCAAGUUGGAUAGUGUGCAUCUGAGAAAAAUGUAAGAGAAAUCUUUGAUUCUGAAUCUAGGCAUACACAGGCUAAUCUCAACACAAAGAAAUAAAAAAUUAAAAAUGAAACAGCA